AGCUUGAUCUGGGCACUUGCGUAGGCCAUCUCCGGGAUUCGCUCCGUCUUGGCACUCGUCCACUGGCCAAGCUGCCUCUUUGGCCCGACAGCCGUAACCCAGUUAGCUAUACUGUAGCCGAAGCCAUGUCGGCGGAGCUUGCUCGGGCCCUGAGGGCCAGUCUUUCAGCUGAUGCCAAGGCCCGCCAUGAUGCCUCGGAAUGGCUUGAACAAUACAAGCAAAGCAACCGCGGCGGUUUUAUGCGAGCUCUGGCUCUUGAGCUGCAAAAUGUCGAGCGCAACCAGCAAAUUCGCCAGCAAGCCGGUUUGCAGCUCAAAAACUCCCUCACGGGUCAGCACGACAACGUGCGUGACGAGGACAUUCAAAACUGGAUGAUGAUUUCCCACGAGGACCGCGAAGCCAUCAAGCAGGCCAUCGUGGGCACGCUCGGCACGGAGCAAGGCACCACAUCCACCGCUGCUCAGGUUAUUGCGGCCAUCGCCCUCAUUGAGAUCCCUCAAAACUCGUGGAUGGACGUGGUGCCCAACCUUCUGAACAUGGUCGGCGCCGCGGCGGCCAGUGAGGCCCAAAAAGUGGCUGGCCUUCAAGCUGUGGGCUACAUUACUGAUGAUAUCACCAAAAUUAACCCGGAUUUGCUGACAGCACAUGCCAAUACCCUGUUGACAACCAUCAUGCGGUUGAUCAGCGAGGAUCCAUCAGCUCACGUGAAGAAGGCUGCUGUGGCCACUCUCAACAACUCACUGGAGUUUUGUGAGCAAAACUUUCAGAACGAGGUUGAGCGCAACACCAUCAUGUCUUUCAUCUGCAAUGCCACCCUGCAGCCCGAGGCUGACGUCAAGGUCGCUGCCAUUCAAUGUCUGGUUCGCAUCGUCGACUUGUACUACGAGCAAGUCCACGCCUAUAUGCGCGAGGGUCUCUAUCCCAUCACCAUUGCCGCCAUUCAGUCGGACAACAUGGACGCCGUCAAGCAGGGCAUCGAGUUCUGGACUACCGUUGCCGAUGUCGAAAUCGAACUGCAGGAUGCAGCCGAUGAGGCUCGCGAUCGUGGCGAGACGCCCGAGCACACAAGCAAGCACUACUGCCAGGGUGCACUUGAGCAGCUCCUGCCCAACCUGCUCAAGUCGCUUGCCGUGCAGGACGAGGAUGAUGAUGAGGAUGAAUUCACCGUGUCAAAGGCCGCUGCCGUGUGCCUGGCGUCAUUGUCAGAAUGCUGUGGCGAUCCUGUUUUCAACGCUUGCGUGCCUUUUGUGGAACAGAACUUGGCCAACUCAGAUUGGCGCUUCCGUGAUGCCUCGGUGCUGGCCUUUGGCAACAUUUUGCGUGGUCCCACCCAAGAGACCGUCAAGGCCGUGACCAACCAAGCCCUCCUUCCCCUUUUGGGCUUUGCUCAAGAUCCCUCCACAAUUGUCCAGGACAGUUUGGCCUGGAUGCUGGGUGUUAUUUGCGAUCUUUUCCCUGACAUUGUUCUGCAGCCAGCUGUUCUGCCCUCGGUUCUUGGGGCCAUGUCCCAGGGCUUGCAGAGCGAGCCCCGUGUGGCCGUCAACGUCUGCCAUGCGCUCUGCUUCCUCGUUGAGGGUGCCUAUAUGGUGGCCCUCGACAACCUAGGCCAGCACGAGGAAGAGGUUAACACGAAUGCGCUCUCGAGCUCCCUGGGCCAGAUUCUGCCCGCCCUUUUCACGACCAUUGAUCGCGAUGAUGUGAUGGAGAGCAACCUCCGCUCCGCCGCCUAUGAGGCCUUGGCGGCUGGCCUGCAGUUCUCUCCUUCGGACUGCUACAAUCUGGUGAUCCAGGCUAUCGAGUCGGUUCUGUCCCGUCUUCAGUCCACUGUCACCAUGUCCGUGUCCUCCCAAGACGACAUGCGUCAGUUUGCCGAGGUCAUGUCGGGUCUUCUUUCCGUUCUCCAGACGGGCAUUCGCCGCCUGGGCCAGCAAGAUUUGCAAAUGGUGGCUGGUUCUAUUGUGGAGCUUCUGGUCCAAGUGCUGUCCUCGCGCCAAUACGACAGCAGCAGUGUCGUCGAGGAUGCUCUAGUGACGCUGGACGCGCUGGUGGAAGGUUGCCAAGCCAACUUUGAGCCAUUUGUAGAACGCGUCAAGCCGUUUGUGUUGGAAGCGAUUCGCCAAGUGCAGCACGGCGAUACUUGCUUUGUGGCCGUGGGUUUGGCUGGUGAUAUUUGCCGACAGCUGGGCGAGAAGUGCCUGCCCCACUGCCCCGAUUUUAUGAACGAGCUGCUGCAGGCGCUCAUGGCUUCGGAGGUGGACCGCAAGGUCAAGCCUGCCGUGCUUUCUGCGUUUAACGACGUGGCGCUGGCCAUUGGCCCCAACUUUGGUCAGUUUUUGGGCGUUGUAUUCAACGUGCUGGCACAGGCGUCUCAAGCUGCCGUGGAUCCGGAGGAUGAUGACGAGGACACGAUCGAGUUUUUGAACGAACUGCGUACGGGUCUGCUGGAGGCAUACACUGGCAUUGUCCAAGCCAUGGCGGGCGAGUCGAUGCAGCUGACGCCGGCACUUUCGGAGAUGGGCCCACAGUUGCAAGGACUGCUCAACUUUAUGAUGCAGAUUGCAGAACGGGAAAUGUCGGACGAGGUUGUGCGUCUUAGCUGCGGCAUGAUCGGGGAUCUGUCGCAGGUAUUUGGCAAGGCCAUCGGCCCUUACCUGGCCCCACAAUAUCUCCAGGUGUUGAAUGGUCGUGCCAUCGCCUCUGCCGAUGAGGCCACCCGUACCAUGGGCAAGUACAUGAUGCACCAUGCUGCCAAGGCCCGGGCAUAAGCUUUGUUUGUGGCUGGAAUGUCCAGCGCAUUUUCUUCCAUUCUUUCUUGUACCUCUCCUAUCGUGUCUGAUAAAUUUCCUGCCCGCUGGCUUGUGGUUGUGCCAAUUCCUCUUUGUCUCGGAAUGGGCAGGGAGAAAGCUUUUUAUGUCUUCUCUACAUUUGGUCUGUGCCCGCCUAAUUUCCAUUUUUCCCGCCAUGUCUCCACCAUGUCAUGUCAAUUCUUGCGUACGGUUUCCCAACCCCCCCCCCUUUUUUUCUAAUGGCGGGGGUUCAUGCUGUUUUGUUGUGCCUGAUGCCUUUCCUGCCUAUCGUGUCUUUUGGGUUGUGCCUGCCUUGUUUCGAGUCGAUGUCUCUAGUCAACAAUCAGCAUCACUUCUUGG